AUGUCCAUCUUCUUCUCAACCCCCGUCGACAUCGACAUCGUCCUCGACGAUCCAGAUGACCGCACCAUGGUCGACGUCAAGCUCGACAAGAACCGCCGCGAAAAGGCGCCCCUGUACAUGGACGGCGAGUCCGUCAAGGGCGCCGUCACGGUGCGGCCCAAGGACGGCAAACGCCUCGAGCACACGGGCAUCAAGGUCCAGUUCAUCGGCACGAUAGGUACGCAGCUUGACUACUAUGACCAGAAUCCCGGCCGGUCCUCCUCCUCAUCCUCCUCAUCAUCACCACCAUCCUCCCUUGCCGGCCUCCUCUGGACUGCGCCCGCCAUCCGCUUGGGCCUUCAGCGGCGCCGACUCCUUACUGACGGGCUGGUAGAAAUGUUCUUUGACCGCGGCAACCACUACGAGUUCCUCUCGCUCAACCAGGAGCUCGCCGCGCCGGGGGAGCUGCAGCACCCGCAGACGUUCGACUUCAACUUCAAAAACGUCGAGAAGCAGUACGAGUCGUACAACGGCAUCAACGUCAAGCUGCGCUACUUUGUCCGCGUCACCGUCUCGCGCCGCAUGGCCGACGUGAUCCGCGAAAAGGACAUUUGGGUCUACAGCUACCGCAUCCCCCCGGAGAUGAACAGCAGCAUCAAGAUGGACGUCGGCAUCGAGGACUGCCUCCACAUCGAGUUCGAGUAUAGCAAGAGCAAGUACCACCUUAAGGACGUCAUCGUCGGCCGCAUCUACUUUUUACUCGUCCGCCUCAAGAUCAAGCACAUGGAGCUGUCCAUCAUCCGGAGAGAGACGACGGGCGCCGCGCCCAACCAGUACAACGAGAGCGAGACGCUGGUGCGCUUCGAGAUUAUGGACGGCUCCCCCUCAAGAGGCGAGACCAUUCCCAUCCGACUCUUCCUCGGCGGCUUUGACCUGACGCCCACCUUCCGUGACGUGAAUAAGAAGUUCUCUACGCGGUACUAUCUCAGUCUCGUCCUCAUUGACGAAGACGCCCGACGAUACUUUAAGCAGUCGGAAAUCAUCCUCUACCGCCAGGCCCCCGACGCUCCCACCAUCCAAGCAGGAAUCCAGAGCGUACCUCCUCCCUCGGAGAACAAAAUGGCCGCUGUCCAGGCAUGA